CACAGCUCAUGACCUGCGCGCGACGGUUAGCUUUCGAAACGCCUCAUCUUGUUUCUUUGACUGAUAACACUUUUUGCCAUGGACCACGGACCUUUGAAACUCAAUACUCAUCGACAGGCGGACCAAGGCAAAGAGGUCGUCUUCACCUCUCGUUUGUACUCGAAGCCGAUAGACCAUCCAUCGUGCUUUCGCUACGCCCUGUGUGUCCUUUGAUAGGCGUAGAUUGCCUUCUUGUCCUUGAGCGAUCAAUGGAAAGACCACGCGAAGCGGUGUAUAAAUGGCAGGUCUCAAGUUUUCUCUAAACCUCUGACGACUCCGUGGCCAUUUUUUCCCUUCCUCAUCCUCCCAUGUUCGCGACAUCUGCCUGUCGCACCGGUCAAGCAGACAAGAAGAAUGUCACGUACAGUCAUAGCGCAGCCUUUCAUCAGUACCAGGCCACUCUGAGGUCCAGUCUAACGCCGCGCGAGCACGGACAAUACCUUGCCCUGACAAAAUUAUGGUGCCGUAGAAGGAUCAGCGUCGACAUGUACGUGAUGGGCGUCUGGGGACUGCUGCAAAGCCACCCAGAGCUGAAGAGUGGCUUUUUGGCCAGCUUUCCUCAUGCCCGCGCUGUAGUGCCGCCUGCAACGCCUUCGAUUGCGACACAAGAUCCUCAGGGUCAACAUCCUGCCACACUCCAUCACGAUACAAAGAAGGUCGUGGAGGAAUUCUUCAUGGCAGUCAAGGAACGGUUCGCAGACCGACCGAUGGUGUACGACACCUUCCUGCGAGUCCUGCAGAAGUAUCGCAAAGAUAAGCACGAGGCAAUCAACACAAUCACAACACUGCUGGGUGGCGACCCCGACCUGAUGGACGGCCUCAGGGAGCUGGACAUUCUGUACCAUAUACACUAGCGUACCCUACUUCCCUUCAGCGAUCGAUCUACUGUGUAUCAUGUCGUAGCAGCCUGCUCGUACGCCAUGUAUAACGAACCUUGAUUUCUUCGCAAGCAACUUACGGCUCCGGCGAG